AUGACGGAGAAGUCAUGCACCCUCCUGGUCCACUUCGACAAGGGCACGCCGGCCCUGGCCAACGAGAUCAAAGAAGCUCUCGAAGGCAACGACGACGAAGCCAAGAUCGAGGCCAUGAAGAAAGCCAUCAUGCUCCUCCUCAACGGCGACACCAUCCCCCAGCUCUUCAUCACCAUCAUCCGCUACGUCCUCCCCUCCGAGGACCACACCGUCCAGAAGCUCCUCCUCCUCUACCUCGAGAUCAUUGACAAGACCGAUUCCCGAGGCAAGGUCCUCCCGGAGAUGAUCCUCAUCUGCCAGAACCUCCGCAACAACCUCCAGAGCCCUAACGAGUACAUCCGCGGCGUCACGCUCCGAUUCCUCUGCCGGUUGAACGAGGCCGAGAUCGUCGAGCCGUUGAUCCCUUCGAUUCUGGCCAAUCUGGAGCACCGGCACCCGUUUGUGCGACGGAACGCCGUCAGCGCCGUCAUGUAUGUGUACAAGCUGCCGCAAGGGGAGCAGUUACUGGUGGAUGCGCCGGAGAUCAUCGAACGGUUCUUGGCCUCCGAGCAAGAUCUUUCCAGUAAGCGAAACGCUUUCCUUAUGCUGUUUAAUUGCGCGCAAGAUAGAGCUGUUAGUUAUCUGUUUUCGCAUAUCGAAAAGAUUAUUGAUUGGGGCGAGCAGCUCCAGAUGGUUGUGUUGGAGUUGAUUAGGAAGGUUUGUAGAGUCAAUAAGAGUCAGAAGGGGAAGUACAUUAAGGUUAUUAUAUCAUUGUUGAAUGCUCAGUCGAGUGCGGUUGUUUACGAGUGUGCCAAUACUCUUGUGUCCUUGUCGUCUGCCCCGACCGCGAUUCGCGCUGCGGCCAAUACUUACUGUCAGUUGCUGCAGUCGCAGAGCGACAACAAUGUGAAGUUGAUAGUGCUGGAUAGGAUUAAUGAGCUUAAGACUUCGCAUAGGGAGAUUUUGGUGGAGUUGGUUAUGGAUGUGCUGAGGGCUCUGUCGAGCCCGAAUCCUGAUAUUAGGAGGAAGACUCUUGAUAUUGUGCUUGAUUUGAUUACUCCUGGGAAUAUUGAUGAGGUUGUGAUGAUGUUGAAGAAGGAAGUUGUCAAGACUCAGGGUGCUGAGCUUGAGAAGAAUGGGGAAUACAGGCAGAUGCUGGUGCAGGCGAUUUAUUCAUGUGCAGUGAAGUUUCCUGAGGUGGCAAGCACGGUGGUCCAUCCUUUGAUGGAUUUCUUGGGUGAUUCCAAUGUGGCUUCAGCUAUGGAUGUGGCUAUUUUUGUGCGUGAGAUUAUUGAAACCAACCCCAAGUUGCGUGUUUCUAUAAUUACAAGGCUGUUGGAUACUUUUUACCAGAUUCGGACUUCAAGGGUGUGUACUUAUGCCCUUUGGAUUAUUGGGGAGUACUGUCUCUCACUUUCUGAGGUUGAGAGCGGGCUUGCAACCAUUAAGCAGUGUCUCGGGGAGCUCCCAUUUUACACAGCUUCUGAGGAAAGCGAGGCACAAGAUGUUUCAAAGAAUACUCAGGUGGUAAACUCUUCUACUGUGUCUUCCAGGAGACCUGUAGUCCUUGCAGAUGGGACUUAUGCUACCCAGUCUGCUGCACUGGAAACUGCUAUGUCUGCACCUGUCCUUGUUCCAGGAUCCUUGGCUUCUGUAGGGAACUUGAGAUCAUUGAUUCUCUCAGGUGACUUUUUCCUGGAGUCGGUUGUGGCUUGCACGUUAACAAAGCUUGUUCUGAGACUGGAUGAGGUCCAGCCUUCUAAAGUUGAAGUUAACAAGGCAACCACACAGGCUUUGUUAAUCAUGGUCUCUAUGCUGCAACUGGGUCAAUCGUCGGUCCUUCCACACCCAAUUGAUAAUGAUUCUCAUGACAGAAUUGUUCUUUGCAUCCGAUUGCUAUGCAAUAAAAGUGAUGAAGUGAAGAGGAUAUGGCUAAAGUCUUGUAGAGAGAGUUUUGUUAUAAUGCUUGAAGAUAAGAAGCAUCGGGAAAUAGAGGAAAGUAAAGCUAUGGCCCAGAUAUCAAAUGCACAACCAGAUGACCUUAUUGAUUUCUACCAUCUUAAGAGCAGAAAGGGUAUGAGCCAGCUUGAGUUGGAAGAUGAGGUUCAAGAUGAUCUCAAACGUGCUACUGGAGAGUUUGUAAAGGAUGGAGAUGAUGCAAAUAAACUCAACCGCAUUCUUCAGCUCACAGGAUUCAGCGAUCCUGUUUAUGCUGAAGCCUAUGUUACAGUUAACCAUUAUGAUAUUGUUCUCGAUGUUACCGUAAUCAACCGAACCAAGGGAACCCUUCAGAAUUUGUGCUUGGAGUUGGCCACGAUGGGCGAUCUCAAACUUGUUGAGCGUCCUCAGAACUAUACACUAGGUCCGGAAUCAACCAAACAGAUAAAGGCAAACAUUAAGGUCUCCUCUACUGAAACAGGAGUUAUAUUUGGUAACAUUGUUUAUGAGACGUCUUCAAAUUUGCUCGAGAGAACAGUUAUUGUUCUUAAUGACAUCCAUAUUGAUAUAAUGGAUUACAUCUCUCCUUCUUCAUGUGCUGAUGUGUUAUUUCGGACAAUGUGGGCCGAGUUUGAAUGGGAAAAUAAGGUUGCUGUAAGUACUGUUAUUGAAAACGAGAAGGAAUUUCUGAACCACAUUGUUAAAGCAACUAACAUGAAGUGCCUGACUCCACCAUCGGCACUGGAAGGAGAGUGUGGAGUCCUUGCUGCUAAUUUGUAUGCAAAGAGUGUUUUUGGAGAGGACGCUUUGGUGAAUGUGAGUGUUGAGAAACAAGCAGAUGGUAAGCUAAGUGGAUACAUCAGAAUUAGAAGCAAGACUCAAGGUAUUGCGUUGAGUCUUGGAGACAAGAUCACCUUGAAACAGAAGGGUGGCCCUUGAUUGGAGGGCCUCUUGCCUAGUUUUGCAGCAUUGUAUACCUACGUCAACCUUGUUAGUACUAGUCUGCUGGUCUGCUUGAGGCUCCAUCUUUGUUCAUCUCACUUAUAAUUGCUUUUACAUGUUUCCCAGAGGAUUGUGUCUGUUAUUAAUCCUUUCUCUGUUGUCAUUACCUUGGAUGUUGCAUUGAUUGCUUUUAUGCUAGUACUAGACUGCUAGCAGCAUGAGGCUUGACUUUGUUGAUCUCACUUAUAAUUGUUUUUAUAUGUUUCCCCGACGAUCGGGGUUGCUAUGGAUUCUUUACAUUUGCCAUACCCAAUUACCCACGAUAUAUUUAAAGUAAAUUUGUUGUAUUGUUCACACUCCCUUUUGUUAAUUGACAUCUUUCAUUC